GACGCUUGCGGUUAUUGGCGCACGGAAUUUUCGGGCUUGGUCGUGUUUUGAAAGUAAUGCUUACGAAUGUAUUACAACUUAAAAAAUCUACUUAAUAAAAAUUUGUUCAAACGAGUCCAUCGAUAAGAGAGCUGUUGACAUCUCUAAAUGACUUUUAAUAAAAAGAAACCUUUAUAAGUAAUCAGUAAUUAUGUUCGUUAAAUAAACAGGUGAAUCGUAAUCGAGAUCGGAAAUUUAAAUAGGCUAUCGACAAGAUAACUUUAAAAAUUCAAUCUUUAUCGAUGGACCCAUAAAUUAAAAUAAAUCGACCACAUAAAUUGUUGGCUAUGGUCAAUAUUGUCGAGGCACAAUCGCUUAAUUUUUGUGUGUGGAACUAACACGUAAUUGGUAUAGUUUUACUCAAAGGUAAUUGGAUAUAACUUCAAUUCGGAGCUAUCGUUGAGAGUCGAGUGUCGCGCAAUUUAGUGCUUCAUAGUCAGUGUCCAAGACCAGAUCGGACAUCCAUGGCUCUACAGAUCAAUAAACGCAGUUUGCGAACUAUUUCGCUACUCAUGCUGCUUACUUUGACUUCCCUGCUCCUGCUGACGAAUCUUCAAGAUGCCCGAAAGCUGACAGUUCUGUCGCCGCAGCAAGUGAAUGAGUUCGAACUAGAGGCUGUCGAUCUCCUCGGCUUUUCCAAAGCGACUCCAUUGUUCCCGCAGUCCACUGAGGUGCCCAGACUGGUAACUGAACGCACCCGAGAACUCCAAAAGCUGCUCAAAUGCCGCAAUCGUCGGCUUAAAUUAGAAAAGGUACAACAUGGUGAUUAUUGGGUUGUAAAGAAUAUGGUCAUAGGACGGGAAAGUCGUCGCAUGGGAUGUGCAGAGUCCAUAACAUAUACCACCAACGGUGACUAUACAUUCUUUGAUAAUCUGGAAAUGAUUGCCCAGCGCUGGAUGGGUCCCAUCAGUUUUGCAAUACAUUCGCCUGGCUUUGAUCUUAAGUCCACUCUGGAUGCGAUACAGUAUGUGAGAAACUGUUUGCCAGGAAGUCAAUUUAUCAAUGAUUAUGUGAGCUUUCAUGUCUUCUUUUCGAACAAACAUAUGCCAGAAUAUGUACCCUACAAUGAGGAUGAGACCUUAGACUGGCCCUUCAAAUGCACAACGGAAAAUGGAACCCUAUUGCCACCGCCUUAUGUACAGAAUCGCAGUGAAAUGUACAAGGAGCAGGCGAAUAUGACCUAUCCGAUAAAUGUGGGAAGGAAUAUUGCCCGUCAGGCGGUUAACACCCAUUUCAUUUUCGCUUGCGAUAUCGAACUGUUUCCAAGUCUGGGUUUUGUGGACCAGUUUCUUGACAUGGUAUACCUCAACAAUAGUGUGCUGUCUCUGGACAACGAACAGCCGCCGAGAGUGUAUCCCUUGCCAGUCUUCGAGAUAUUUGAGAAUGAGCAGCUGCCUAAUGAUAAAUUCGAGCUAAUGAAAUUGUACCACAAGCAACGAGCUCAGCUUUUUCAUGCAAGGGUCUGUGCGAAUUGUCACAAGGUGCCACGAUAUCAGGAUUGGAUAAAUCGAGUCCCAAACGUUACGGAUGAGCUGCAACUGUUUAGCAUGACGUUGCGACAGGGCUCCUUUAAAUACUGGGAGCCUUUCUAUGUCAGCGAUAAUAGAGAGCCCUUCUUCGAUGAGCGAGUCACCUGGGAGGGACAGUCCAAUAAGCGUAUACAGGGUUAUGCCAUGUGCCUGUUGGGCUAUGAGUAUCAUGUCCUACAUCCUGCAUUUUUAGUCCAUAGUCCUGGUAUUAAGAAGCCCUCGCUGAACUCCAAACGCGCUAUCUACGCCAAGCAGAUGACAAAGUUCAUCAAGUCCAAAAUUGAACCCGAGUAUCGAAUAUUUUAUGGAAAGAACAAGCAUUGCGUAACAUGAUUGAUAAGAUGAUGCCGGAAUUAACAGUACAGCUUAUGGACAGAUUGAUUGAUUGCAAGGCAAUUAAGUGAUAUUCCAAAUAGAAUUUAGUAGCUUAAGAUCUUAGUAGCUCAAUAUCUGUAUUUAAUUGUAUUAUAAAAUCUUCUUAAUUAUGAUUAAACAUUUAAGUUGUCCCUUUUAGCUUCAGGUUCUAGACUCAGAAAAUUAUUGUAGAAUUUAUACCAUGUUAGCCAAAAUUUCAAAAUGGUCUUAUGCUGCAUUCUAACCAGAUCUAUAGAUUUCCAACUGUCGAGUGAAUGACGAAUUAUAAAAGCUCCAUCCAAAAUUAAAAAAGUAUAGUUAAGGCCAACGAGUACUUUAGCCUGUAAUUAUAAAUAUAGAUAUUCUUAGAAAGUUUAUAAUUAAUAAAAAUAAAUGAAAAAAAUA